AGGCAACCUCUCUCCGUCUCUCUCCAGUGAGCACUGAGCAGGCCUUCCUGCGGAGCAGCGACCAGCCAAGGUUUUGAACAUGGAGCCGAUGGCCAGUAUGACUGGUGUUGCUUGUGUCUUUAACAUCCUCUCGGUCAUUAUCGAUGUCAUGCCACUGUUUGUGAUUUGCUUUGUGACGACAUGGGACUCCAUUCUCGAGUAUUUCUCACUUCGAUCGUUUUUGCUUGGCGCGUUAUCCAAUUUAGUUCUGGCUUGUCAUGUUCUAUUUAUACUUGAGGAAGCUCAUCAUCAGGAUGUGCUGUACAUCAGUGUAGUUGGCCUCUGCUUCGGUACCAUGUUCUCUCUUUUGUGCCUGCUCCACAAGGUUGUUCUUCACAAGGAUAGUCAUCAUGUCCGAUAUUGGAUGUUAGGGCUACUAGUGAUCUUGUUGAUUGGUUCAUCCAUUAUCCUCUAUGGCAUUGAUGGACAUCUUCACAUAAGCGAAGUCAGCGUGUUUGGCAAGUUUAUCUAUGCGUCAGCUAUUGCAACGGUUACUCUGUUGAAUGGGUUACCAAUACUCGUUGCUAUAGUGAGCUUGAUUAACACCCCCUUCGGUGCCAUCCAGUUGGUUGUUUUUCUACACAAGAUGUUUUCAUCCUCUUCCGGGACAUGCCAGCACACGGGCCGGAGUGAGUGAUCCGAAUGAUGAGGAGAUGUGAUGAGGAUGAGACUUUUCUUUUGUGUGUGUGUUACUAAGUCUAAACUUGCACGUGGUGUUGUUUUGUGAAGACAGUUCGUAUCGGUUUUUUCCUUUGCAAAUUUUCAACAUUAAUCAAGUUUUGUCUUCACUUAUUAUUUCA